AUGAGGAGCCAACAAGCAAUGUCAUCUGAUGAACAAGAGAGAGUCUUGUGUUACAAUGGUGAAGUCCUUGUUUUUAAAUUGUCUGAAGGAAGUUUUGCAGAUCAAGGGCCUGCAGAAGCACCCAUGUUACACGUCAGAAGAAUGGUGUUUGACGGAGAAACAAGUGCAUUUGUUCAGAAGUCCACUGGCUCCUACAGCAUAAAGGAAGAAAACUCUCAUUUAAAAAUCAUGUGUUGCGACUGUGUGUCAGAUUUCCGAACUGGAAUGAACCUCCCUUAUAUCAUGAUACAAUGCAAUGAAAAGAAGAAUGUUUCCAAAUAUCUUCUACUGUUUCUUCACAGUACCAAUAAAUUUGAAAAACGUUUGAGUUUUAGCCUAGCCCAUGAGUUGAAGGAUGGCAUAAGGGUCUUUAACGGGCCUUUGAUUAUUUGGAAACAUGAUAAAACAUUCUUCUAUAUCUCUCCCCAAACUGGCAAAGUUAGUACUGUGUCCGUUAACUUUUCCUCUAUAGAGUGGGCAGGGGAGAUCGAAAAUCUAGGUAUGGUUUUAUUAGGACAAAAGGAAUGUAAUUUAUCUGCGGAGGAGAGCACCUCUAAGCCUUCAACAUCUGAUUAUGCAUUUUGGAACACCAGAUUUUGUGUAUACUUUCUUGAAAGUGAAGAACUAAUAAGUGAUACAUACAUUAUCCCUCCUGCUUAUAGCAGUGUGAUCACUUGUGUGCAUGUCUGUGCAACUGAGUUCGUCAACAACAAGCUAAGAAUGUCUUUGCUUGCCCUUACUCAGAGGAAUCAGUUGAUUUCAUUCCAGAAUGGGACUCCGAAAACUGUCUGUCAGCUUCCGUUUGAAGAUCCUCGUGCAGUUCAACUUCUGGAGGAUUCAGACGGAGAACGCCUUCUCAUUGUGUCCUUUAGGUCCAGUGCUUGCGGUGUUUGGGAAGAGAACUUCCAGGUUGCUGCUAAGUGGGAACAAAUUAGCUCAGUACUCAUCGAUGACUUUAUUGGAACUGGAACAGAACAAGUGCUGCUACUUUUCAAGGACUCCUUACAUUCGGAUUGCCUGAGUUCAUUUAAAAUAACAGAUAUUGAUAGCAUAAAGUAUUCAAUUCAAACAUUGGAUUGCAAUGAAGAUGAUUUAUUUGAAGAGAAAGAAGAUAAUAGAUAUAUGGUGAUUCCAGCUCUGAAAAGAAGAGUGAAAGUUGGUUUGGCUUGUAUUCAGGACGUACGGAAGCAUCUUUUGCUUAAGGAAAAAAUUAUCUUAAAAUCUUACAAUGCUUUAAUGAAUUUGCUUCAAGGAAAAGAAGAUACUACAUCAAUUGCAGAUGAGGAAUGUCUUGUUACUCUUUAUGGUGAAGAUAACAAUCCAGUUCAUACUUGUGAUAAGAACUUACCAGGCAAUUCUCAAGAUUCAAAACAGCUAGUAGAGAAGACAUGGUAUCGUGUAAUAGAUGAUAGUUUGGUUGUUGGAGUGAAAACCACAUCUUCUUUGGAUCUGUCUCUGAACCAGGCGACUUUGUCGCUGUUAAUGGAUGAACCCCAUAGCUCCAGCUUUCGGCUUAUUAAGUGUCAAAAUAGGGUGAUCAUGAGCAGGGACUCUUUUUCAGCACCCUGCUCAGUGCCCUAUGAGAAAGGAUCUGAGACAAAAAGGAUCAAAUUGACUGUUGAUAGUGAGGAAGAGGAAGAAGAGAGCUCUGUUUGUGGACAGUCAUCUGAGAAAGAGUGUGUUCAGAUAGUCACUGCCGUGACAUCACUUUCGCCACUCUUAGCAUUCCGUCAGGUAUGUUGCAUUGCGCUGCUGCACAUUAGAGAGAGAAAAAGUGGUACCUCUUCUGAACAUCGUUUUUUUCCAUGUGGCAGACUUUUUAUAAGUCUAGAAGAUUUGUCAAGUGGGAAAUACCUCGUGACAUUUCCGAAGAAACCUAUAGAACAAAUGGAAGAUCUCUUGGCCCUUCUCGCAACAUUGCAAAAAACUUGCUUCCAAAUAAAAUCAGCCAGAUAUGCCCUGACUUCAGUGAAGAGAUGGCUCUUAGAACACCUGAAAUGUGAAGUAAUCAAGAAGUUUCCAGAAAUUUGCUUUUGUAAAGGGUUAGAAAAUCUGCAUGGGACGCUCUUCCACUGGCAACAAAGGACACCAUUUGAAGGGAUUUUAAUAAUCUAUUCCAGGAAUCAAACAGUUUUGCUUCAGUGCCUUCAUAAACUCACCAGAGUUCUCCCUAUAGACUGUUCCUUCAAAAAUGUAAAGUCAGAAAGUGAGGAUUCCCCAAGUGCUCGUUUGGCAUUCACUUUGGAGAAGGAAUUGGCCAUCCUAAGUUCUCUUCCUUCUGCCUUAGUUAAGGUUGAAAACAAUUUGGUGCGGAGCAGUGACGCAAGCAAAGAACAGAGUAGUGGUGCUCUGGCUGUUUUAGCAGACAUAGAAGAAAACAUCCAGCCCUACAGAGAAGAACUUCAGAGAGAAAAGCAAACGUUGGGGAAGGAUCUAAAAGUGAGUGGCGCCCUCUAUAGGGAAAUGACUUGGCAAUUAGCCGAGGCUCAGCUGAAAUCAGACCUUGCUGCAGAGGAAUUGAGUGGUCAAUAA